CAGCAAUUUCUGCAGCGUCCCUUAAUGUCUCGCCUGCGUGUAUUAUUUUGUCGGGUGUCCACCAUCCUUCAGUCGGCGCGUCAUUCGUUAGUAGAAAACGUCCGUCGGAACGCUUCACCACGACAAGACACGAACUCUUACAUUCCGAAGACAUCCUCCGGGAUAUCGACUUGCGAGUGUCUCUUCGAUGCCCGUAUGUCGACUGACGCCAUGUCGUUGCCUCCGUUUUCUCAGUGGUGUAGUAGAGCGAUCAGCAAUCUUCAGAACUGCUCGACGGACCAGCUGAUUCACUUGACAUCCGACGAUAACGAGCUACAGCAAUACAUGGAGAGCCUACCGGAGAUGCGCGACCUACAGCAACGGCAUCAAGAUCUCUACACCGAGGUCCAGUUGCUUGCUCAGACGAACCUGGAGAAAGAGCCAGCUCUGGAAGAGAAGAAGAGCUGUUUUGUGUCCGCGUGUGAUACUCUGCGACAAGUGAAGGGCGUGUACGACAACGACAAAGCACAGCUUGAACUGUACGCACAGUCGCUGUCGCCGGAGCACAAUCAGAGGGCUCUGAAUGAUCUUGCCAUCGGAACCGAAGAAGAGACUGAGGUGAUGGCACAGAGAUUCUUGGAUGGGAAAUUCGAUACCGAGAAGUUUGUUGACGAGUUCAUUACGAGACGCUCAAAGUCGCACGUGCUGAGAAUCAAGUCAGAAAAGAUGGCGGAUCUAUUGGCGAGCGAUGGACAUCGGGCAGAGAUGAUGGUAGCGUACGGCGAGCCGCCGACCUUACCCGUUGCAUAUGCAGGACCGUCUAGUUUACCCGGUCACGACUACUGUAGACAUUGACGCUUAUUACUCGAAUUGACACAAAGAUUUAUAUCAAUACCAUACAUAUUUUAUUCUCUGUAUCGAACAUGUCAUAUCAUAAUCACAUAAAUAUCCCCAACUUUCGUCGUACAUAAUAUAGAAACAC